CGCCCACCAUAUACAAAUUCUUCCUGUUAUGAAACCGAAGCCAGUCGGCGGACAGUGAACUUGAAACUCAUUGGGAAAUGUCUGGGCAGGCCAACCGUUUGAUGGAUCUGUCCGAGUGGGAGAACCGCUGGCAGGAGGGAAGAACCGGUUUCCACAGAUCUGAUGUGCACAAUUUGCUGAAAGACAACGUGGACAAACUCAUAUGUGGACGAAAGGAUGUUCGGUUGUUCUUCCCGCUUUGUGGAAAGGCUGUAGAUAUGAAAUGGCUGGCUGAUAUGGGUCACACGGUUGUUGGAGUUGAAAUUUCUGAAAAAGGAAUUAAAGAGUUUUUUCAAGAGCAAAACCUGGCGUAUAAUGAAGAAGCAGUGGCAGAUAUUCCUGGAGCAAAGCUUUUCAAGAGCACAGAUGGAAAGAUCUCCAUCUAUCAGUGUGAUUUAUACAAGUUCUCCAGUGCUGUUGCAGGACACUUUGGAGGAAUCUGGGAUCGAGGAGCACUGGUGGCUAUAAACCCACGUGACCGGCAAAAGUAUGCGAGUCUGCUAGUGUCUUUAAUGAGCAGCGACUGCAGAUAUCUGCUGGACACGCUGGAAUAUAAUCCUGAGCUUUAUGAAGGUCCACCAUUCUUUGUGUCAGAGGUCGACAUUAAAACUGUAUUCGGAGGAAGCUGUAAUAUUGACCUUCUGCAGAGUGUGGGUGGCUUGGAGGAGAAGCACAGAUCAUGGGGACUGGAUUCACUCACAGAGAAACUUUACCUGCUCACUACUAAAACUCAAUAAUCAUCACCAGACCAGCGUUACAAACUCAUCACUUGUCAAAAGCAAAAAAUGCAUAAGGGACACACAAAUAAGAUCAUUUUUGCAAUGCAUUUUUUUUAUUUCAAUCUUAAUAUUUGAACAUGAUUGUAAAAUAAUUGAUUAAAUUCUUAUAUUUUGA